AAAUAAUGAACUUGUUGACGUAUUCAAAACAGAAAAUGUUCUACAACAAUUUCAAUCAAACAAAUCAUCAGCUGAACAAUCCCUAAUAUUUUAUAUCAAAUUCUAUUAUCGUAUUUACUAUGUGUAAAAUUAUUUGUGCAACUAAUUGCUAACACAAUAUGGAUUUCUACGAAUAUUAACUAUAGUAUUUCAAAUAACUAUUUCUUUGUUAUUAUUUAUUUUGUGAUAAACAACUGUAAAACAGACAAAGAAUCAAACUAAAAGUGCAAUAACAUUCGAUAAAAUUAUUUCGUAACUCAGAAGUAAAGGUGACCGUCAAACUGCGUUAACUAUAUCGGAGAUAUUGGUUUAUUGGUUAGGCAAUAACUAGAUAAUCAAAACUUGUUUUUCUCACCCAAAACUAGCGAGAUUACGUUUGCCGCGUCAAGUGAAUCUCGAUUUAUCGUGUGUCGAACUGUCGUCAGUCAGUAGCUCGCGUUCGUCCGCGCGGGGUUGUCGUGUCUUUCGUGCGUAUUUGUAUAUUACGACACAAAAUGAGCAAAUCCACGAGUGUUAACCCAGAUUUACAAAGAGAAAGGGAAAAAUGCACCUUUAACAUAACAGAACUUACUAAUUUGUUGGAUGGCGGCCCACAUAUGACUGAGGAAAGGAAAAGAAGAGAGACGAUGGUACUGAAUGAAGGCAUCCACAUCGAGGAAGUUCCUUCAGAAUACUUGAGUCACAAGGAGAAGUAUGAGCUAGCUGUGAAGAAAGCAUGUCUCAUGUUCAAGUUGAUACGCAGACUCCAGGAGGAAGAGAACGCUGGCAUGGAGAGCUUUAGAGCAUUCCUCGGCGGUACACUCGGCUCGGCUAUCCUCCAGGACGGGUCUCCUCUAACGCUCCACUACGUUAUGUUCAUACCGACGCUGAUGGGGCAGGCCACCGUGGAACAGCAGGCCUACUGGAUCGGCAGGGCUUUCAACCUUAACAUCAUUGGCACCUAUGCACAGACUGAACUCGGCCAUGGUACUUUUAUUCGUGGGCUGGAGACGACAGCUACUUACGACGCAAAGACCAAGGAGUUUGUACUACACAGUCCCACGCUCACAGCUUACAAAUGGUGGCCUGGAGGAUUGGCCCAUUCAGCCAACUACUGCAUAGUGAUGGCCCAACUCUACACCAACGGCCAAUGCCACGGCAUCCACCCAUUCAUCGUCCAACUGAGAGAUGAAGAAACUCACAUGCCGCUCGAAGGCAUCAAAGUUGGUGAGAUUGGUGCCAAGCUUGGCAUGAACGGCACCAACAAUGGCUUCCUUGGCUUCGAACACGUCAGAAUUCCUAGAGAACAUAUGUUGAUGAAAAAUUCUCAGGUUUUGGAGGACGGUACAUACGUCAAGUCUCCUAGCUCCAAACUAACGUACGGUACAAUGAUGUUCGUCCGAGUGGUCAUUGUGAAAGACAUGUGCAACUACAUCGCCAAGGCCGUUACCAUAGCAACGCGGUACUCCGCCGUCAGGAGACAGUCGCAGCCAAAACCAGAUGAGCCUGAACCUCAGAUCCUGGACUACUUAACGCAGCAACACAAGCUGAUGGUGGGCAUCGCCACCGCGCACGCCUUCCAACUCAGCGCUGACUGGAUCUGGAACAUGUACAACAAUGUCACCGCUGAACUUGACGCGGGAGACUUGGAGCGAUUGCCUGAAUUGCACGCGCUGUCGUGUUGCCUGAAGGCGAUGACGACGGCGGAGGCGGCGGAGUGCGUGGAGCGGUGCCGGCUGGCGUGCGGCGGGCACGGGUACAUGCUGGCGUCCAACCUGCCGCACACGUACGGGCUCGUCACCGCCGCCUGCACCUACGAGGGGGAGAACACCGUGCUGCUGCUGCAGACGGCCAGAUACCUAGUAAAGACGUGGCAACAAGCCCAGGGCGGUAACUCCCUGCCCCCGACGGUGGCGUACCUGUCCCGCGUCGGCGCCGGGCGACGCGUGCCGCCGUGGGACAACUCCAUCGAAGGCAUCAUACAUGGGUUCCAACUCGUUGCUGCCGGUAAGAUCGCAUUGUGCGUGGCGAACAUCGAGAAACGCCAGAAGAGUGGCAUGUCGUAUGAAGAUGCGUGGAACAUGACUUCUGUGCAACUAACACAGGCUUCCGAGGCGCACUGCCGCGCGUUCAUCCUGUCCUCGUACUUCGAGGAGACGGAGCGACAGGUGAAGGGAGUCUCACCACAACUACGUGAAGUGUUACUGCAACUAGUAGACCUCUACGUCGUCUACUGGGCGCUGCAGAGGAUCGGGGAUCUGCUCAGGUUCACAUCAAUUUCUGAGCGUGAUAUUGAGAAGCUGCAACAUUGGUACGAGGAGCUACUUACGAAACUGCGACCUAACGCAGUCGGGCUCGUCGAUGCCUUCGACCUUCGGGAUGAGAUUCUGCACUCUGCCCUGGGUGCGUACGACGGUCGCGUGUACGAGCGUCUGAUGGAGGAGGCGCUGAAGAGUCCUCUGAACGCGGAGCCAGUCAACCAGAGCUUCCACAAGUACCUCAAGCCGUUCAUGCAGGGGAAACUGUGAUAGAACUACUUAAAUAUAUGGAAACUAGAUAUAAGAUAUAGCAUGUGAUUUAUUUUUAAUUGCGGUUUUAUAUAGGGUCGUUCUAUUUUCAACAGACUUUAAAAAAAAA